AUGGUGCUUUCGUCGAAGGUGUCUACCAUUCUGCACGUGGCAAGGAGCCCACGCUGGCCGACCCAACGCGUGGGACGAAGGCUGCCGAGGAAUGCAGUUCUGGCGGCUGCAGUCGCUCUGGCAGUCCUUUUUGACAAGACAAGGAGUGAGGCACACGUUCCUGCCAGCUCGCCGGCCUCAUCUGCGUCCUACAGGCUCUUUAAGGAGGUCUGCAUCCCGCUGGCUGCUCUGUGCAUUGGUAUUCCAUGCCGUCAGAUAGACUCGCUGCGGACACCGGCACAGCUCGCGAUUUACUUCGGUGCUCAGACAGGCAUGCUCCUCUUCGCGAAGGUCGUGAUAUCCAGCGCUGUCGUGUCUGAAGAACUCGGGCUGCGGGGCCUGCCUGGGGCUUUCCUUUUGACAGCCUUGCACCAAGUAACUUGCUUUGUGCUCUUUGGAUCUGCCUUCGUGAUCUCCUGGGCUACGCCUUGGCCAUACCGGCCAAAGCCGCUGACCAAGCUGAGUGACGUUUACAGGAUACUGCUAUUCUCUGCAGCUUUCGCUGCGAACAUUGGGCUCAACAACUUCAGCUUUCAGUUCCUGCCGCUGUCUAUGAAUUUGAUCAUUCGAUCGUGCCUCCCCAUUGCCACUGCUGUAGUGCAAGUGCUUGCACAUCCGGGCAAAAUCGCUGCAAAAGGUCAUGCUCGUCACUCCCAGGAGAUUCUUUGCAUGCUGGCUGGGGUUGCGUGCGCAGCUCUGGCAACAGUGGCGCAAUCGCAGGCACAGAAGGGCAAAACGCAGAGCUCGGACACGAUUCUUAUCGGUGUCCUCGUGUGCGUUAUCUCCAUCUUUGCUGGAGCACUGAACAUGGUCCUGGCCUGUGAGCUAGGCACGUCCAUGCAGCUGAAUUCUACGGACAUGACCUUCUACAUGGGGCUACCUUCGGCUUUAAUGUUGUUGGUGCCCAGCUUCACUAUGUCCCAUCCCAGCUGGCCGGGACAGCCGUCUAUGACGGAUUUCGAGGUUCAUUGCAAGGUCUUCGAGCUGGCCCCGGGUGUGCUCGGUUUGGGGCUACUCCUGGGUGUCUUUGCCUCUGCGUACAAUGUGACGCAGUACGCUAUGGUCCAGUCUCUCACGGCUACCUACACAACUUUCGCCGGCAACUUCAACAAGGCAACUGCCAUCGUCAUUUCUUUGGCUGUCGGCCUGGAGGAACUGCCGGAAGGGGUUUGGGGAUCCGUGAUGCUACUGGCUACCCUGGGUAACAUCGGUUCAUUCACAGUGUACAGCAUGCUCCAGCUGAAGCAAUGA